AGCAGUUGACAGCAGUCAUCAACAUCCUGAAGAUCUAAAGCUCUGCCUAUUGAAAUCUCCUGAGAUGAAGACUUUCACCGUUGCAGUUGCAGUGGCCGUCGUGCUCACAAUUGUCUAUUUUCAGGAGGGCUCUGCUCUCCCAGCCAAUGAGCAGGAGAAUGACCUGAUGGAGGCAGAGGCUGACGGCAGUCUGGUUGUUCCUGAGGAAGAGAUGCCAAUGGAUUCAUGGAAGUUUGCAUAUCAGGUCAGGCAGACACAUGGGGCCGAAAGAAUACGUUGCCGUUUUUGCUGCCGCUGCUGCCCACGCAUGAGAGGCUGUGGACUUUGCUGCAGGUAUUGGUACCAGCAGGCCCAGCAAGCUGCAGUCCUGGAGGCAAAUACUCAGGUCUGGGAGGAGUUCAGUGAGGCUAUGGAGGAAGACUUUCGUCAUCAGACAGAAGUCAAAGCAGUUGACAGCAGUCAUCAACAUCCUGAAGAUCUAAAGCUCCGCCUAUUGAAACCUCCUGAGAUGAAGACUUUCACCGUUGCAGUUGCAGUGGCCGUCAUGCUCACAAUUGUCUAUUUUCAGGAGGGCUCUGCUCUCCCAGCCAAUGAGGAGAAUGACCUGAUGGAAGCAGUGGCUGACGGCAGUCUGGUUGUUCCUGAGGAAGAGAUGCCAAUGGAUUCAUGGAAGUUUGCUUACCAGUCACGUGCAGCUGGACAAAGACGCUGCCGUUUUUGCUGCCGCUGCUGCCCAGGCAUGAGAGGUUGUGGAGUUUGCUGCAGGUUCUGAGAGGUCCUCCAC